AUGGAAGAUAUUAGUGAAAACGAUGUUGAUAAUGUUGUUCUUGAUAAUGCAAUGGAAGAUUUAUGGAAUGAAGGAGCAAGUGAAGAAGAUGAAUUAGAGAAGAAGAAUGUUGCCAACGAUGAAGAAGCUUACAAAUUGUACAAUGAGUAUGCAUUUAAAUGCGGAUUUGGUAUCCGGAAGGGCAAAGUUUGUUGGAGAUAUGAAACAAAGACAAUCAGACAACGUUUUUUAGUUUGUAGUCGGGAAGGAUUGAAAGACACAAAAGGUGGUGUGCCUAAGGCAUUCACUAAGCUUGAUCAACGUUGUGGAUGUAAAGCCUUUAUUCAAUUUGAUGUAUCCAAAGACUUUGGAUUUUUUAUUGUUACUAAGCACCAUAUGAUUCACAAUCACCCCAUGGUGCCAUUGAAACAAAGACAUUUAAUAAGAUCUCAUAGGAAAGUGACAGUUGAACAAUUGCAUAUGAUUAAUAAUUUGAGAAGUUGUGGAGUGGGGGUCGCUGAAGCUGUGCGUGUAUUGAGGAAGGAAGCGGGGGGAUCUCCAAAUCUUGGGUUUGUGAACAGAGAUGCUUAUGAUGCAGUUGCUACUCAAAGAAAGAAAGAACUUGAUGGUUGUGAUAGUAACCAACUGAUAAAGAACUUUACGCAAAGACAAGCAGCGGAAUAUGAUUUUUAUUAUGACGUUCGACUAGAUGCUAUAGGGCACUUAAUAAGUUUUUUCUGGAGGGAUGGAAGAAUGAGAAAGGAUUAUGAAGUGUUUGGAGAUCUAGUUGUUCAUGAUACGACAUACCGUACGAAUAAGUAUGGGAUGAUUUGUGGUCCGUUUGCUGGGAUGAACCAUCACCAAAGGAACGUGAUGUUUGGUGUUGGUUUCCUAUUGAACAAAGACACCGAUUCUUUUGUGUGGUUGUUUGACUCGUUUUUGAAGAGUAUGGGAGGUAGGUCGCCGAUUACCAUUAUGACAGACCAAGAUGCUGCGAUGGCGAAAGCUAUAAGCAUUGUUUUUCCCAAUGUUAUACAUCGUCUGUGUAUAUGGCACAUCGGGAAAAAUUCCAUCAACAAUAUAAAAGGUUUGAGGGGAAAGGCUGGAUUUGUGGAUCUAUUCAAUUAUGUGCUAAAACAUUGUGAGACCAAGAGUGAGUUCAAGCACUACUGGACAAGUAUGGUUACGAAGUACAAGUGCGCUGCAUGUCCUUGGUUGAUUAGGUUGUACAAGUUAAGGAAGAUGUGGUGUCCAGUGUACUCCAAGGAUUACUUCUCAGGGGGGGUGCUGUCUUCUCAAAGAAGUGAGACUACAAACCAUUCGUUGAAUCAAAGGCUUCAUAGCAUGCAAGGCCUUUGUGAUUUCUACAAGGUUUUUAUAGAUGUUGUUGAGGAAUGGAGGGACAGGGAGAAUGGUGAAGAUUACAAUGCACUUAAUGGCAACAAACAUCUAGCAUUUGUAGAUGUUAAGUUACUAAAUGAGGCGAAGAAGAUAUAUACAGUGGCUGUGUAUUUGACGUUUGAGGAGAAUUUCAUAAGAGGUGCAUCAUUUUGCCAGAAACUAGUCAAGUAUGACCCCCCUUUAUUUGAAUACCAUGUGGGACGCACUGAGAAAGAAUAUCUAAUGCAUCUUGUUAGAUAUGACCAAGAAAAUAUGACAAUUGAUUGCACAUGCAAGUAUUUCACUGAGAUGGGUUUAUUGUGUUCCCAUUCAUUGAGGAUUUUUCACAUACAUAAUGUUGAAAAAAUUCCCCAAAGAUACAUUUUGGGUAGAUGGGCAAAACAUGCUAUGUGUACAAGAGUUGAUGAUGACGCGGGAAGGAUGUAA